CCCCUCCGAACUAGUUGCCCAGUCUCUAGUCAUGCACCAGAUUCUUAGUGUGCUCCGCCCAAAAUCCACACCGACAUGGCGAGAUAACACCUCGGAAUAGACAACCCUUCUUAUACCAUGCUCUCACCACUACUCCUCGGCCUCAGCCUGGCCCUCCUUGCCGCCCACGCCCUCCGGCGGGCCCUUGCCUCGCCACUCAACAAGAUCCCGGGGCCCUGGCAUGCCAAGUUCACGUCUUUGGUCUUGAAAUGGCACGAGUUCAGGGCAAACCGGACACGGUACAUCCAUCAUCUGCAUUUGAAGUAUGGACCAGCUGUACGCAUCGCCCCUUCUGAGAUUGCCUUCGCCUCCGCGGCGGCUGUGAAGGAGAUCUACUGCUCUGGCGGCAGCGGCUACGACAAGACGGAAUUCUAUGACUUGUUCAAAGUCUACGGGCGAAGGUAUAUCAAAAUCCGAUGAGGUGGGUGGUCAACGAUGUUGGGACUGACGGUGUGCGGGCGCAGAACAAUGUUUACCACGCUGAAUAAGGAGGAUGUA